GUAGGAUGGCACACGAAGCCCAUUUAUCUGAGGUAGGAAGAGAGGAAGUCACAGUUGUGAUGAAGGAGAAGAAAGGAAAAUGGUGUGAGCUGAGGGCACAGGGCAAGAGAAAAAAAAGCAGUGUUUAUUGAAUAUGUUCUUAGGUAACGUCUCACAAAGCGUGAAGGGUCUUUAGCCAUGAGUAGGUAGUGCAUAUUCCUAUUGGAUGACAUGCAAAAGACCUUGGUCAUGUGCUCACCAAUCAUUAUUAGGGCUUGUGCCAGCUUGCCUGCAUCAGCUAGAAGCCACAGGGGACUUGCACAUGCACACACACACACACACACACACACACACACACACACGUUAACACAUGCACGAACACACACAUGCUGACCCACUGCAUUCGUUUUGUGUGACCUUCUCUGAAACAGACCACUUUGCACAACUACUGGGUAAAAUGAACUCAGGAGAAUUGUGUAAGAGCUUGAGAGAUGUGUCUUGGAGGGUGUCUGUAAUGAUUGUUUUGAAUCAAAACAGUGUGGCUGUAUAAGGCUAGCAUACUCUCAGUGGUCAAUGCAUUCAUAGUUUAAACCCUUAAACUCUUGUCUUAUUAGUGGGUUCAUCUCAUUAAGUUAUACAUUGGAAUUGUAUAGUAACUACAGUGAAAAAUAUCUGUAGUUAUAAGAUGAGGAAUGUAAGUGUGGACAUACAGUCUGGUCCUUUAGGGUUUAAGAAAUUAAAAUGAUUUGUUCUAAGUGAUUUAAAUGCAUUUCUGUGUUGAGAUAUAAACCCAUACAUCGUGUUAAGCAUAAAGAAUAGCAUGGAGCAUGACAUUAGAGAACAAUAGAUUUUGACAGCUGCAGAGAGAACAGCAGGGUAAGCAUACUGACUGAGACAAUCAUUUUCGGGCAUGUGCAGCAUGCACUGCUUAUCAUAGCAACCGGUGCAGAUGACAAGUCAGGACUUGUCCGCAUUUAAGUAGCCAAUGGUCUCUGCAGGACCAGUGGGAUGGUCUCUAUUUCCCUCCUGUUUUUCUCGAUCCAUUUUUCAGUUUAAAUCUCCUUCAUGCUGCUGUUGUCAUUUGUAGAAAUCGUUCUUGUUGAAGCUUUACAGUGUAGCUUUUUGCUUUAUUUGUGGAUUGCACAGAGGAUCUUGUAAGAAACUUCCCAAUGAUCAGUGAUGACCUAGUGAACUCCUAUCACCUGUUGCUGUGUGCACUUGACCUGGUUUACUCCAACUCUCUGGUGUGCUCCAGCCGCAAAGAUCUGCUCAACCCCACCUUCAAAGGUAUAGGCCUUUCAGAAGAUUUUAACAGUAAGGACUAUAAGCCAGGCGCCGGUCCACUCUGCUUCAUAGAGCAGCUUUGUGAACUGCAUCAUGGUGUGGUACUCGAUGCUAAAGGGGUGAAGGAACACUUCUGGAAGCCCUUCAUCAAGAAGCUAUUCGAACGCAAGAUUUUAAAGGGAAAAGAAGAGACACUGACUGGAUUCCUGGAUCCUGUUAAUUUUGGAGACAGUCUGACAUCUCUGAACCGGGCAUAUGAGGAGCAUGUUCUGUCAUCAGGUGCUCUAGAUGAGAGGAUAUUUCUGGGCAACGGAGCGAGAGAGGACAUUGGGACACCAGGACCAUACUUGUGUGAGGGGACAGAGAACCAGGACCAGCCUGCCAGCAUUCUGCACAAAUCUCUCUCUGCAUCAGCUCUGAAAGUGUCCACUCCGCUGACAGGGAGGGCGUACUUACAGGAGACUGCUUUUGGCACUCCAGUGUCCACAGCAAUGGAAGGCAUCGCACGUCUGCACAGUCUCCUGGCAGGUCUCAAACACAGGCCGAGCCUGAGACUGAGAGACAUGCUGAAGGCCUGUGCAAGAAACCCCAGUGAAGCUAUUGCAUCCAGACUGAAGGAGAUGUCCGAGGUGUUCCUCCAGAGCUAUGAAGCCAAGGGUGAGGAAAACGAAGGCCUGGCAAGAGAUAUUGCUGCGAAAUACUUUUGCCUAGCUGAGGCACUGUAUUAUAAGACACUGGAGGGCAUCAUUGACCAGGAGAAGAAGAGACUUGGUGACGGUGACCUCUCUUGUAUUCUAGAGCAGGACAUGUUCCACCGUUCUCUGAUAGCCUGCUGUCUAGAGAUUGUCAUCUUCUCCUACCACGCACCUGGUGAGUUCCAGUGGGUUCUGCAGAUCUUUGACAUUCCCCCUUACCACUUUUAUAAGGUGAUCGAGGUGCUGGUUCGGGCGGAAGAAGGUCUCGUCAGGGAGGUAGUGAAGCAUCUGAACCAUGUGGAGGAGCAGGUGCUGGAGAGCCUGGCUUGGAAAGAGAGUUCCCCACUCUGGGGGAGUAUUAAAGGGGCCAAAAACCGUGUGCCUUCCUGUCAGGAGGUAAUGCCUCCUCAAUACCUGGAGGAUGGAUCUGGCAACCUACAUGCCCCCAAAACUAAUGAGCUCAGCUCUAAUUCUGGAGGAACAGGAAAAGGAGUGUCCUCUACUUCCACAACUCUCCAUGAGCGCUACAGCUCCCCACCCACAGGUACAGCACGUAGGCGCCUCUUUGUGGACUCAGAGCUGACCUCUGACCCUCCUGUAUCAACCCGGGUCAGCCAGCCCUCAUUGGUCAGCACUAUACCAGCAGGCCAAACCGUGGUCACUAUGGCAACAGCUACUGUUACUGCUAACAAUGGACAGACUGUCACAAUACCUGUGCAAGGCAUAGCCAAUGAGAAUGGAGGCAUCACAUUUAUCCCAGUGCAGGUGAGUGUGACUGGCCAGAGUGGACCAGGACUACAGCCUCUCACCGCCCAAGCUCUGACUGGCUCGCUGAACACCCAACAGCUGACGACCACCAUGCCUGCUGGCACUGCUCACACCAGCCCUACAGCCGGCAAGCACGCCAAGAUGAGCCCUCAGCAGGGAACACCAAACAGAGCACAGAGAACAGGCUCCCUCUGUCUUUUCUUCCGCAAGGUGUAUCACUUGGCGAGUGUGCGUCUCCGAGACCUGUGUGUGAAGCUGGACGUCAGCACAGAUCUGCGCAGGAAGAUCUGGACCUGCUUCGAGUACUCGCUGGUGCACUGCACUGAGCUCAUGAUGAAUCGCCACCUCGACCAACUGCUCAUGUGUGCCAUCUAUGUUAUGGCUAAGGUGACUAAAGAAGAUAAAUCCUUCCAGAACAUCAUGAAGUGUUACAGAUCUCAGCCUCAGGCCAGCAGCAGUGUUUACAGGAGUGUUCUGAUAUCAGGACGAAAGCGACACCACUCGGGCAACAGUGAAAACAACCGACAGAACUUUCCAUCUGAGGGAGCGCCCGAACAAGCAGCAGUGAGCGGUAACAGUAGUCCCGUGUCGAUGCGCUCCAGUAGCACGCUGCCUGUUCCCCAACCCAGCAGUGCUUCCUCUACACCCACCCGCACACCCGGUGCAGUGCCAGAGCAGGAGGAGGAGGAGCGAGGGGACCUCAUUUGUUUCUACAACCAUGUCUACAUCAAACAGAUCAAACAGUUUGCCAUGCGCUACUCCUCCAGCUCGCCUAAAGCAGGGGCAGAGACUCCACCUCUCUGUCCAUAUCCUUUGCUCCGGAUUGGGUCACCACGCAGAGUUCUCCUUUCUCACAACCACUCCAUCUACAUCUCUCCCCAUAAGACUGACAGUCCAGUCACCCCUAGAGACAAGAUCUUCUACUACAUCAGCUCGAGUCCCUCAAACAGACUGCAGGAGAUUAACAGUAUGCUGCGUACUGGAGAGACGCCCACUAAGAAGCGCAGUAUGGCUCUGGAGGAGGAGCAGCAGUCUCCUGCUAAGAGGCUGUGCCAGGAGAACCACAGCGCUCUCUUCCGCCGCCUGCAGGAUGUCGCCAAUGACCGCAACAACUCCCAUUAACGCACACAGCAUCACAAAGCCCAUGUCUAAAGAUAAUGUUUGAAAAUGAAUUUCAGGAAAUAUCUGAGGCAAGCAAGUGCACUAGACCUGAACACAUAAAGAACAGCCAGACCCAUACACCAACACCUGAGCAGAAACAUGGAACAGACACACUCACAGGGCAAAAACCUCACAUUUAACCAAUAGCUUCUUCUCCACUAAGACCUUUUUGCUUCAAAAUACAGCCCGAUCAUGUUGUCUAUAUUAAUGUACCAUUUAACAGCUCUUUUUUAUAUGCCAUUUAAAAGUACACAAAUGCCAUGUAGACAUUUAUAAUUCAAUACCUUUUGAAUAUAAGUAAAUAGCAAUAUUAUAUGCUUUAGAUUAGUUUCAUACACAGGUUAGAAAAAGGAUUAUAUACUUAAUGGAUUUGUUAGCAAAUAUUGCUUUGCUUUUGACAUUGUACUGGCUUUUUAAAAAAAACUAUUUUCAUAAAAGAAAAGUUUAUAAUGUAUAGUGACAAUAAUUCCUGGUUUCUUAAUUAAUUAAGAAAUUAUCGUGAACACUUUUAUAUGCUGAACUGUGUUUUUCUGUGUGUAUUUGUGAUUUAUAUAGCUAAUAUAUUGAUGCUAUUUUUCUAACUUUAGUUAAAGUGAUAUCAGUUAGAGACAACUGACAUGUUAAUAGGAUUCAUAUUUUAAAGUAAUAUUUAUUAUUCUUCAGUCCUGCAUGUACAUGAUAACUGUGUAAAAACAAAAUGUUCUGUCCUCUUAUCAUUUCUUUUCUUACAUUUACUCUGUCCUCAUUACUCAAAGGUAUGAUGUUUGCUUGUUCCUCAAUGUGGCAUCAUUACAAUCCACGUGUGUUAUGUUAAAGAGCAGUCCCAUUUC